AUGCCCGAAAUCCUCCUCCCAGACACCUCAUCCAUCACCUCCUCAACAGCCUCCUCUCUCCUCCUCUACACCAACCACCAACACCAAACAACCCUCACCAGACGCAAAUCCCUCCCUCUCCGCCGCUUAUCAGUCUGGCUCUCCCGCCGUAUCUCCAAGCAGGGAUUAAACGCCACGUACGAUAACACUCAUCACACUCUGACUCACGAUGAAAACUACACCGACUAUGACGCCCAAAAAGUCACGUCCGACCUUAGCCUCAACCGUGAACGUGAACAUGAACACGACCGCAAGAUAAAAGAAUACGAGGCCGAGCGCAAUCUCUCCGAAUCCUAUGCGGCGUAUUGUCGCGCUUUCACGUCUGCGGGCGAGCACCUCUACCACCAGAAACGCAGGACGUGGAUGAUGGACGGGGAGGCGGAUCUGACGAUGAUUUCGGAGGAUUCUGUCCAUGGACGUGGACAUGGACAUGGACAUCCCGAGGAGGAUGAGGAGGAUGAGGGAGGUGUCCUUGACGAACCAUCAUCCAAAGCUGUACCCUCACCCGACACCGAACUAGAACUAGAACUAGAACUGGGGCUAUCGCCGCCGCCUCAUAUCCUCACGCCGUCGCUGUACGCUGAGAUGCGUCGCGUGGCCAGCGACAAGAAACAGGCCAGGAAACGGCUCCGGGAACGCCGGUUGUGGUCGUGGUUCACUUGGAUUCGUCAACGCGAGUCUCAUUGA